UCACCAGCGAGUGGUGUUGACUGUACUGAUAUUGGUCAGCUUAGAUGUCAGUGUAAGCCUAGGCAUGAUUACCCACAAUACAAAAGAUGCCGAUCACCAUGACAACCUUGUCACGUUGUUCCAUGGACCUUUGACAGUGAAGAUCAAGGAAAAUAAACGACCGUACCCGUCUUUCCUUGACCAGGAUGUCACUGUGUUAUCGGUUGACGGUUUACCUGAUGCUGCCUCCAUGCCGACCAUUGGUAACGGUUACAUAGCAACACUAGUCCACAGCGACACCAUGUAUGUGGACGGAGUAUACAAUGGCCCUAACGGCACGAGCCACAGGGCCAGACUACGGUCUACAGCCUCCAUCAACAUCACCGAUUUCUCCUUCCCUGUAAAAGACCGGAAGUACUCGCUUGACGCCGGCAGAGGUAUGUACGUUGAAGAAUAUACAUCUGAUGACGUCAGAGUAGAAUUGAGCAUGUAUGCCCACCAGUGGAUGAACCGACUGCUAGUUACAGAGAUCUCCGUGGUCAACAACGGCAGUCUACCUGUCUAUUUGAACCUGUCUCAGAACAUCGGUCCUCCCAGUGAAGACGUGUCAUUCCAGACUGUGGACAAACAUAUUUUAAACCAAUUCAGAAUGGAUUAUGGCUCAACGAAUGAACCUGAGUAUGAUAUCGAUGACAAGAAAGAGCUUGUAGCUUUGUCGACCUUGGUACCAGAUUAUAUAACGGUGGAGUCUGGUGGAAAUGUCAAAUAUCUGUUCCAGACAUGCGUGGAAUCAAAUUUGAAGAAUACGAUUGAGUCUUUCCAGCAGGGUAUUGAUUAUUUCUUUAACGGGACGAUGACGAGCUCUCACCAGGAGAAAUGGGAAGAGAUCUGGCGUAAUGGAAGGAUAGAUAUCGACUCUUCUAUUGAAAUCAGUAGAAUUAAUUACGCAGCCCUGUAUUAUCUACUUAGUGAGAUUCCUCGGGAUGAGAGUACGGGAACUUUCUUUGGAAUAUCACCAGGGGGGCUAGCGCACGGUGCUUUACAUAAGGACUACCAAGGCCAUAUCUUCUGGGACCAAGAGACGUGGAUGUUCCCUCCAGUUCUUGCAUUACAAAGAGAAAGGGCAAAGAAAAUAGUCCAGACGCGAAUAGCUAAACAUGCAUCUGCUAAACAAAUUGCAAGUAUGAGAGGUUAUGACGGAGCGAUGUACCCCUGGGAGAGCGCAUAUACCGGUCUAGAGGUCUGUCCUCUGGCACAAUAUUCUGAUUACGAACAACACAUCACAGGUGAUAUAGCACUGGCGUUUCAACAAUACAUCAUGAUGACUAGAGACAGACAUUUCCUUGACAGUGAGGGUGCAGCUGACGUCAUCACGGAUAUAGCCUCGUUUUGGAUGUCUCGAAUGGCAUAUAAUCCGGAUGAGGAUCGCUAUGAAAUAAAUGACGUAAUGCCUCCGGACGAGUACCACUACCCAGUCAACAACUCUGUCUACACCAACAGUGUAGCCAAGAUCAGUCUCCUCCUACCCAAGUACGCCCUCUCUCUCAUUAAUAAGACGGUGGAUCCACAGUUUGAGGAGGUGGCCAAGAAAACAUAUAUACCCUUUAAUACGACUGGGAAAUGGCACCUGGAGUACGAUAGUUAUACACAAGAUGAAAUUAUCAAACAAGCAGACGUCGUCCUACUAGGGUAUCCUUUGGUGACUGAUAUGUCGGAAGAAAUUAGGAGAAAUGACUUGGAGAUUUAUGAAAAGGUCACACCAGGAGGGCCGGCGAUGACAUGGGGAAUGUUUGCAAUUGGCUGGCUGGAACUUAAUGAACUCACUAAGGCAGAGAAAUUGUUCAAGAGACAAUUUAACAACGUUGUUCCUCCCUUCAAUAUCUGGUCAGAGGUUGAGAAUGGUGGAGGAGCUCGGAACUUUUUAACUGGGAUAGGCGGAUACUUACAGUCUCUCAUUUUCGGUUAUGGAGGAUUCAGAAUAUUUGAAGACAGGCUUCAGUUUGACCCAACGUUACCACCGGACGCCUCUACGUUUAAUUUGACUGGAAUUGACUACCUAGAUGGGUCAUUCGAUUUCUAUUUCACGGAAACUCAUAUGUCCAUUCAUCAAACAAAACACGCGAUGGGCGCCAUGAAAGUGACAGUGACUUCUACUGGACAGACAGGGACACUUGCUGUCGGAGUGAUGGUUCAAUACCCAAGGGGAAAAGCUUACCUAGUGCUUGUCUGAUCGAAUAACUUGAUUAUUGUCCAUUUUUUCAACAAUUGAAAAUAGUGACGACAAGACAACCGAGUGAUUUCGACCAAAUGUUACAUCGAGUGUAUGUGUGAAGUCUGACGUCAUAUAAAUGCACAACUUGUUAUAUGAAUGUGUCGGAUACCACAGUGCAUCAAUUGCAAUGAAUAAAGUAUAUAAAUUAAAAUAGCUCUGGGUUGAACUCGUUAAUGAUUACAGGUUUAGGAGCAUGUUCAACUGGAGCUUUUGUUUUACGUUCGCAUGACGAGACGAAAUCUGAGUAAUGUGAGUAAUUAAGGAUUGAACCUCAUUUUGAUUGCGCGAACGCAUGUCUAGCCCGAUUUCUGAUCCAACUAACAUAUUGAUAUGCAAUAAACUGGUUAAAACUGUG